AUGGGUCCCCCAGGGGCGGCCGCCCACGGUCCAGAUUCACCCUCCUCAUCUUCCAGCCGGGCAAACUCAGGCCCCUGGGAGCAAGGACUCGCCCAAGGCUUCUCGGGGGCGGGGCGCGCCCGCCGUGCCAGGCGCUGCUGGCGGCGCCGCCGGUGCCGCGGGGGCGGGGUCAGCGGAGGGCGGGGCCGAGCCCCUCGGCCGCCAACGCCGCCGCCGCCGCCGCCGCUCUCGGGCUCGGCUGGGCGCACUCCCUCCCGGCCGCCGAGCCGAGCGGACGAGCGGGGCCGCGCUGCAGCCCUCCGCACCCCCUAUCAUGCCCCGGGCCCGGGCGGCGGCCGCCGACGCAGCCAGAACACCAUGCCCGAGGGCGGGAACGGCGGGGAGGUGCCCGUGCUCAUCCCGGACGGCGAGCCGCUGCGCGAGGAGGUACCGGCGCGGGCAGAGGGGCCGGAGCCGAGUCGGGCCGGGGGGAGGGCGGGCGGCGAGCCCCGGGGAGGGCUGCUGAGGGGAGUCCCAGCGCCCCUACGGCCAAUGACGUCAUGGGGCAGCCCUGUGUCCUGCCAGGGGUCCCGGGACCUAGGGGCCCGCGUGGGGACAGGGCGCGGCCUGAAGGCUGCCAUCACCCUCAGGGCCCCGGGGUCAGGGUCCCCAGCCCGGCCCCUCCGCUCACGAGGUGCCGGGCGGCACCUGCAUUGCAGCAGCGGCAACAAGGAGAGGGGGCACCUGGAGCAGCGGCCCCUGAAACAGUCUCUGGGAAGCUCACUGUGUCGCGAGUCGCACUGGAAGUGCCUGCUGCUCACGCUGCUCAUCCACGCCUGCGGCGCUGUGGUGGCCUGGUGCCGCCUGGCCACAGUGCCACGGCUGGUUCUGGGCCCCGAGGCAGCCCUGGCCCGUGGGGCCGGGGGUCCGCCACCUACCUACCCAGCCAGCCCCUGCUCUGAUGGCUACCUGUACAUCCCACUGGCCUUCGUCUCCCUCCUCUACCUCCUCUACCUGGCUGAGUGCUGGCACUGUCAUGUGCGGUCCUGCCAGGCACCCCGCACGGAUGCCAACACCGUGCUUGCCUUGAUCCAUCGGCUGCAGCAGGCCCCACCUUGCGUCUGGUGGAAAGCCACCAGCUACCAUUAUGUGCGGCGCACACGCCAGAUCACCCGCUACCGGAACGGUGAUGCCUACACCACCACACAGGUCUACCAUGAGCGGGCCGACAGCCGCACAGCGCGGGGUGAGUUCGACUACUCGGCCCACGGGGUCCGAGACAUCUCCAAGGAGCUCGUGGGCCUGGCCGAGCACGCAGCCACGCGUCUGCGCUUCACCAAGUGCUUCAGCUUCGGCAGCGCCGAGGCCGAGGCUUCAUACCUCACGCAGAGGGCCCGCUUCUUCAGCGCCAAUGAGGGCCUGGACGACUACCUGGAGGCCCGUGAGGGCAUGCACCUGAAGGACGUGGACUUCCGUGAUUCCCUCAUGGUCUUCGCCGACCCCCGCAGCCCGCCCUGGUAUGCCCGCGCCUGGGUCUUCUGGUUGGUGUCGGCCGCCACGCUCUCCUGGCCCCUGCGGGUCGUGGCGGCCUACGGCACGGCCCACGUGCACUACCAGGUAGAGAAGCUCUUUGGCGCCAGCUCCCCCCCUCCCGGGGCUGUGCCCAGUGGGCCCCCACUCUCCCGUGUGGCCACAGUGGACUUUACCGAGCUCGAGUGGCACAUCUGCUCCAAUCGCCAGCUGGUGCCCAGCUACUCCGAGGCCGUGGUCAUGGGCGCUGGGUCAGGCGCCUACCUCCGCGGCUGCCAGCGGUGUCGCCGCUCUGUCAGCAGCAACUCGCUGCCCCCGGCCCGACCUAGCGGGCCCCGCCUGCCCUUCAGCCGCAGCCGCCUCUCACUGGGAGCUGGGGGUCGGGCCACACCAGGGGUCUUUCGCAGUCUAAGUGGGGGACCGCUGGGGCGCCGUGGAGAGGACACGGAGCCCCUGGAAAGCCCGCCAUGCUACGAGGAUGCCCUUUAUUUCCCGGUGCUCAUCGUCCAUGGUGACAGUGGCUGCCAGGGGGACGGGCAGGGGGCGCUCUGACACCCUUGGCCCCCAGAGCAGCCUCUCCCUACCAUCCCACCAUGGGCUUAGAUGCUCAAGUAAUUAAUUAUUGUCCAAAACAAGAGG